AUGCCGUUUUCCCAGCUGCCAGCGGUACAUGGUACGUGUGUCCUCACGCUGAGCUCUCACGCUCUCGAGCUGUUGUGGGCCCAAACCACGAUACCCCUGGCCUCAGGGAAAUCCGCCGAGCCUGUCCGCUGGGAUUCUGAGAUGGUACAUCCCGGUCCCAAAAAGGGGGACAACGGUUUCUGGAACGGUGACUCUCCACGCACGUUGCUUUGGGUCGAAACGGAGCUGCCCAGGGGUAGCAGGGAUAGCAGGGGUAGCAGGGAUGGGUACAUUGGCUACAAGGUCACUCGGUACCUUUGGGGUGUCAGAGAAGGGAGUCCUUCGCCCGUCGAGGACUUCUACACUCUUCGAGUCCAUUUUCGCUUCACACACACAUUCACAAUGAUUGUCAGAGAGUCAGAACCCCACGCCAACUUCGGCCGCGGUGCCUAUGACACCACCGGAGUGCCAAAGCCGCCUCCUCCCAAGCCCCGGUAAAGACCUCUCAUAUCGACCGGGAGAUCAGCUGCAACCAAUCGAUUUUCCAUGCAGAUGCAGAGGCGGCACCCAUCUCUCGAAUCACCACCCACAUCCAUUCCAUUUCGAUCCAUCCUGAGGAGGAGCGACAUUUUUUAUCCCACGAUAUCGACUUUAAUCGCGUCUGUACCACAACUUUUACCACCUUUCCCACCCCUUACUCUUUACCUAAUCGGCGGUCUCGCAUUCCUCUACGUCACUUUUAAUUACCAUUCCUUACACAUGAUACAUUUAUCGGCUCGGUGCCACUUGCUUCCCAGCAGCAAGUAAGGGAAGAGAAAAACGGGAGGCUUUCAUUCCGGAUCUUUUUGUUUCUUGUCGGCUGCGCGGCGUUCAGAUAUAUAGAUGGAUCGGCUUAUUGAUUUUUACGGGCGGUUUCCUCACUCACCACUCAUAAUCGACACCGAUCCGCCCUAAUAAGCCAUCACGGGCACAUGAACGGUUCUGCGGUCGCAUUUCUGGAGAGUUUUUUUUUCCUUUUUCCCUUUUUUUUUCUUUUUCCUAGGGAGUCACGGUAUGGGAAAUCGGGAUAAAGCAGGCACAAGAGGUGCUUGCGGCAAGAGUUUAAAGGGUCAAGGAUUUUUUGGCUGGUUUUUGGGAUGGGAAUAAGGAACGGCCGGAAAAAAACUGAUUCGCAUAUAGACUCUUUGCAUUUGUUUUUUUUUUAUCUGUAUUUUUUUUCUUUUCUUUCGACGUCUUUGUCUUCCUCACGGGGACAAGCGUCUACACUCGACGACACACAUUUCCUUUUACCCUGUCAUCACUACCUGUACACAAGCGGAGGAGUUUAACUUUUUUGAAACUUCGGCCACGAAGGGUUCUGGGCUGGGUCCGGUUCGCAAAGAUACCCCCCAUGGUUUUUUUCCUUUUUAUUUACUUUAGACAUGUAUAUUACACGAUGGCUUCACAGCCAGCCCAGCUCUGACCGACUGGGCACCAGGAUCUGAGAAAAUAAUACGGAUUCAACCUCUUA